AAAGCCUGGCAAAGAACCUAUCAAUUUUUGCCAGCCACACCUCGUUACUCAUGCUUCCAUUCCACUCUUCUUAUUAUCUUUAGUCCACCAUGGCAAACUCGGCAGGUCACUCUCGCGUAGACGACGUGACUCAGCAAAGAUUUCCCGUCAACGGGUUGAUUAUGGUGCAGCGACGUCAUCAUACCGCUUCACCCGACAGCACCUGGACCGGAGGACCAAGACCUAGCACCCGGUAUGCUUCGCUCCCGACCACGAGGCAACAGCCCCUUAAUGUCGAUGACAUCGUGGCAGUGGUACACCAACAUGGCCGAGAGGAUCCUUGGGAUGGGAUCGGGAUAUUCCAGGCACAACCAACCACAGCAGCCAACCGGUACGACCCUCGUCAGAGUCAAUAUCAAUACCAAACAUCCGGCAAUGACCGCGGAGCCCAAUGGGACACAGCCCCGGGGGCCGAAUAUUUCGGCAGUACGCAGGCUGAUCAUGGCAGCCAAAGAUCCGAGGAGCAGCAGGAGUCCUCUGACCAUGUGAAGGACGCUAAGUCUGACCGAAAGCCCAGAAGCCACUCCAGUCGCAAACACAUUCCAUCACGCCGUUCUUAAGGUAUAGACACAACCAGCGCGUUAUGAUUCAUCGGCGCUGAGCGCUGAAUGGGUGGCCGGCACACCCGAUAAUAAUGCGCCUUUGACCAUGGCGUGGAGUGAAACGAAGUGAAGAUACCCGAGAUUGGUUGGGAUGUGGAGGGCAUGGCAUCGGACCGUGGGACUACUCGUUAACGGGUAGAGGCAGUUGGGGGGAAAGCCAGGCGCACCUCAACGCCGCUGGAUCCCGCAUGGUCCGCUAAUAGACGCGGAAA